AUGUCUUCAUUACAACCACCACCACCACCAUUAUCACCACAAACAAGCUCAGCAAGCUGUUCUGCUUCCAAACUUCCUCCUUUUGAUAUUUCAAGGCUAGUCACUCAAGCCAUUCUUCCUCAAUCCACUUCUACCUAUGAGGAGAUUCGUUUGGUGCCGAAUCUAUCAACCACAAACAACAUCAACAACAACAACAACAACAACUACAUGGAAUCACCUUCUGAAUCUUGUACAGUCGACUCUCACACCACCAGCAAUGAAGAAAUGAUCAUUGUUGAAGAAACAACCACAACCAAUGUCGAUAACACCAUUGUGGCCACCAUAGCUGCCAACGAAUCCGUCAAUGGUCCAUGUUCGGUUCUUGUUGGAGAUGUUGCUGUCGUGGACGAUGAUGACGAAUUGUUAUUCAGUGGAAGUCCUUCUGCUGCAAGUGAAGAGCAACAACAAGAAGACUUGCUUCUCUCAGAGAAUACUGGCAUGGCCUCUGAUUCGUCAUCUACCCCAAACGCACAAAGUAACAAUAAUUUGUACUCGAGCUCACUUUCAGUUUCGACUUCUCCAGCUGCCUCUGCAACAGGUGUCUUGAAUACUACUAGUAGUAGUAAUAAUAAUACACCUCGUCUCUCACCACGAACACUCUCGGCUGUGGAUACAGAACUCGAGAGUAUUUCAACCAUGACUACCGUGAAAACGACCAGCACCACCAAGAAGGUUGUCAAACGUCAUUCCUCUCUCUCUGCACAAACCAUGGAUAAGGCAAUGGAUCAAGCAGUCAAUGCUUCUCAGCAAACAAGUUCUAGCAAUUCAACUCCACAAAAACAAUCAUCAUCUCAACAACCACCCGAAGAAGAAUACACCACUCUCCAAUCCUCCACACCUAAAAAGAAACAAAAGAAGAAAGGAACUCCAGGAAGUAGCUCAAAACAAAUUCUUGGAAAUUUCUUCAAGUCUCUCAAAGGAUAUUUAUCAAGGAAGAGUAAGAAAUCAGUGAAUCAAUCACAAACAUCUUCCUCAUUGAAUGACAUGACGAAUGGUGCUCAAAAUAGUAGCUUUAAUCAAUCCUCCUCAUCACAACCAACCACCACUCAACAUCAAGGCACUGCCAAUGAUGCCGUCUACUUUAAUCCAUCCUUAAUUGUCACCCAAGCUCCAAAUCCAAAGAAUACCUCCACACAUUCCAUUAGCACCACCACUCAGAGCGAAACAGUCGAUGAUGCUGAAAUUAUUCGUACCACUACAACCACGACAACCACUCUGAGAAGAAAGAGUGUGAAUGACGAAGCUGCAAGCUCCAGUGACAACAACUUGGAAAAGAUUGAAAUUGAGACCGAGGAAGAAUUGCAAACCACCACCACGACAGUCACCACAAAGAAGAAGCGAAAAAAACAACUCCCUCAAUCCGGUAUCAAUGCUGAGCUCGCUCAACAACAACAACAAGUCUCAUACGAGACCAAAAAAUCUUCACACAAACACAUUCCUUCGUUCACCACCACUAAUGCCUCUACAGGUUUGAUCAAACCUCUGUUAGCUCCACAACGAUCUCACGUGCAAGGAAAAAAGACUCUUGUUCUCGAUCUCGAUGAAACUCUUGUUCACUCGGUCUUUGUACAUACUGAUCAGGCUGAUUUUGUAAUGCCCAUUGAAAUGGAUGGCCGAGUGUAUCAAUGCUACGUGUUAAAGAGACCAGGCGUUGAUGAAUUCCUUCGAGAAAUGGGCAAAUACUUUGAGAUUGUCAUUUUCACUGCCUCCCUCUCAUUGUAUGCCAAUCCUUUGCUUGAUAUUUUAGACAAGCAUGGUGUUGUUGAGGGACGAUUAUUCCGUGAGCACUGCACCAAGGUCGGUGACACCUACAUUAAGGAUUUGUCCAAGUUAGGACGAGAUUUGGAUCAAACCAUUAUUGUGGACAAUUCUCCAAGUUGUUAUGCCUUACAUCCUCAAAAUGCAUUGGCAGCUUCUACAUGGUAUGAUGAUCCUAACGAUCGUGAGUUGUAUCUACUCGCCGAUUGUUUGGUUCGAUUGGAACGUGAAAAGUAUGUCUACGAUGGCCUUCGAGCUUGGAAGGAACUCAUUUCAUCGAAUUUGAGUGCCGUGAAUGUUGCUGCAACCAGUUGUGGUGGAUCUGCAAUGACUGUGUCAUCCACUUCACAUCACCAUAAAGUAAUAAAGAAACGUCUGUAA